AUGUCAUACAGAGAAGACGGGUCAGUCCUUCUAGAACUGCCGAUGGAAAAUAAUAAUAACAACACCAACACCGCUGCUCAACCUACAAUGCCGCCGCCAAUCAAUCCAUCACAAGUGCCGAAUUUUGGUCUCGAGUUGAAAGCCGUUGGGAUUGAGGAUGGAGAAGAUAUCUCAAUGACUACCUCGUCCACAAAUGACAACGGCGAUGAUGGGCCACUUCUUUCCGGGCGAUCGUUGAAUAACCAGAACAAUAACAACAGGACUGACCCUCGCCAGAACAGUGUUCAACAACGUCCCGAUACCUUGCACCCUACGAACAUUGCUCUUGAGCUCGAGUUCCCUGGGGAGAACGAACUAUUGAUAUGGACAAUCUAUCCGGAUGGACCACUUCUUUUCGUAUUAUCACCAGAUAACCAGACUGUUAACGAUGACUCAACUGCUCCAGGUGCUUGUAACAGCGAAAAGCCAAAAGCCGAUGCCUUGGAUCUUACAGAUAUCGUUCUGGAAUUGGAUGCAACCAAUGAUGUUCCUCUUGGGUCGGAGACAACUACGAACGUUUGUGAAUUGGAAUCAUCGAUUCUGGAUAAUAAGCCAGCUUUUGAAGAUGCUGUCAUGGAAACGGGCCGCUGUUCAAUUCCUGUGGUUGAAUUCAUCAAGAGUGAUCCGUUGACCCUCACAAAUAAAAGACCUGGUGGUGUCUCUUUAUAUGCUGUUUCCAACAAGGCAGAGCAGUUUUGGAGAGACGAUGGAUGA